AUGGCAUCCACUUCCGGGCCGGCCUCGCUCGAGGAAGCGGCGUUGGCCUCCCUUGGUAACUACUCCCCCGAGCAGCUCCAGAUGGCCGAGACGGCACUCCGUGCAGUGCUUAUGGAGAAGGUGCAGGCCCUUGCGGCGGCGCACGGCGAUGCCUUCAUCCAGGGCCUGGUGCAGAAGGAGAUCGCCAGGACCAAAAAGAUGGAGACGGAGCUGGCGAGCAUGAAGAAGAGGCUGGGCGUGCAGGAGCGCUUCGUGGACAGCGUGCGGAUGGACGUGCGCAAGGUCAAGGCGCAGGAGGAGAAGUCCAAGUACAUCUGCCAAAACCUGCAAGAGACGGCGAGGAAGCGAGAGCAACUGACGGAGAAGAUGCAGCCUGAGAUGGAGGCCUACCGCAGCGAUGUGCGGGAGCGUGUGAGCCAAAAUGUGCAGAGCAUCUGGGCAGAGUGCGAGAAGCGCCGCGAGCGCGUCGAGACAGUCGAGGCGGAGGUGAAGGAGCUCGAGGCGAGGCUGGGGCACAGAAAGGAAACGUUCGAGCAAAACUUUGCGGAGUUCCAGGAUGGACUGAAGGGGCGCACGACGGAGUACCAGGAGCUCAUCGUCGCCUACCAGGAGGCAACCAAGGAUGUGGGACUGAUCGAGGCGCAGCUCAUGCUGGUGCGGCGUGAGCGCCAAUCGGUGGAGGUGACGCGGGCGGCCCUGCAGCAGCAGCUUGAGGUGUACGAGAAACAGUUCGAAGGGUUUGCCGACUCUGUCAUGAAGCCGGAGGAUGUCGAGGCUCUCGCAAGGCGCCAACACGAUCAGGCGCAGAUGCGCAUCACCGAGUUAGAGGCCGAAAAGGCCAAUGUGCACCAGCAGCGCCUUCAGAUGGACAAGGAGUUGACGGACCUGCGCGCCAAGCACGCGUCACUGAAGCGCGAGAUGCAGCAGCUGGAGAGGGCAAAGGCGGCGGCGGAGAAGAAGUGCCGCCAAGCCCAGCAGACCCGACAGGCGAAGAAGUAG